AGUAGUAGUAGUAGUAGUAGUAGUAGUAGUAGUAGUAGUAGUAGUAGUAGUAGUAGUAGUAGUAGUAGUAGUAGUAGUAGUAGUAGUAGUAGUAGUAGUAGUAGUAGUAGUAGUAGUAGUAGUAGUAGUAGUAGUAGUAGUAGUAGUAGUAGUAGUAGUAGUAGUAGUAGUAGUAGUAGUAGUAGUAGUAGUAGUAGUAGUAGUAGUAGUAGUAGUAGUAGUAGUAGUAGUAGUAGUAGUAGUAGUAGUAGUAGUAGUAGUAGUAGUAGUAGUAGUAGUAGUAGUAGUAGUAGUAGUAGUAGUAGUAGUAGUAGUAGUAGUAGUAGUAGUAGUAGUAGUAGUAGUAGUAGUAGUAGUAGUAGUAGUAGUAGUAGUAGUAGUAGUAGUAGUAGUAGUAGUAGUAGUAGUAGUAGUAGUAGUAGUAGUAGUAGUAGUAGUAGUAGUAGUAGUAGUAGUAGUAGUAGUAGUAGUAGUAGUAGUAGUAGUAGUAGUAGUAGUAGUAGUAGUAGUAGUAGUAGUAGUAGUAGUAGUAGUAGUAGUAGUAGUAGUAGUAGUAGUAGUAGUAGUAGUAGUAGUAGUAGUAGUAGUAGUAGUAGUAGUAGUAGUAGUAGUAGUAGUAGUAGUAGUAAUAGUAGUAAUAAAAACACGCUUCCUAGUAGUAGUAGUAGUAGUAGUAGUAGUAGUAGUAGUAGUAGUAGUAGUAGUAGUAGUAGUAGUAGUAGUAGUAGUAGUAGUAGUAGUAGUAGUAGUAGUAGUAGUAGUAGUAGUAGUAGUAGUAGUAGUAGUAGUAGUAGUAGUAGUAGUAGUAGUAGUAGUAGUAGUAGUAGUAGUAGUAGUAGUAGUAGUAGUAGUAGUAGUAGUAGUAGUAGUAGUAGUAGUAGUAGUAGUAGUAGUAGUAGUAGUAGUAGUAGUAGUAGUAGUAGUAGUAGUAGUAGUAGUAGUAGUAGUAGUAGUAGUAGUAGUAGUAGUAGUAGUAGUAGUAGUAGUAGUAGUAGUAGUAGUAGUAGUAGUAGUAGUAGUAGUAGUAGUAGUAGUAGUAGUAGUAGUAGUAGUAGUAGUAGUAGUAGUAGUAGUAGUAGUAGUAGUAGUAGUAGUAGUAGUAGUAGUAGUAGUAGUAGUAGUAGUAGUAGUAGUAGUAGUAGUAGUAGUAGUAGUAGUAGUAGUAGUAGUAGUAGUAGUAGUAGUAGUAGUAGUAGUAGUAGUAGUAGUAGUAGUAGUAGUAGUAGUAGU